GGGUUUCCUCCCGAUUUUGUUGGCGCUCACUCUUUCCCCCAUUGCGCAGCCUUCCUCUCGCGUCUCUGGUCGCUCCCUGUCUCUUCACGUUCUGGUUUUCAUGGCGGGUGGUGCAUAACUUCCUUGCGUCCCCCGAUGGCUGAAGAAGAGUGGCCUAGAUUAGGGUCGGGUGGUGUCCGAAGUUUCUCGAUGUCUGGUGGGAUGGAUCCGAAGAACAAGAACAUUCCAAAUCCCCCAUGGGAUCGUUGGGGACAAAAAGAUACUGCCCAGGGUUCUCAAUCCUGGAACAGAAACCGCAAUCUUAGCUGGAGAUUGAAGUCGCAGCCUGGGAAAUCUGAUCUCCAUGAGGGUUUACUGUCUUCUUCCUCUGGAGAUGGCAUUCAAUCAGGUAAUCCCAUCAUAUCCCCAUUUACUUUGAAGAAAGAGAAUGAUCCUGUUCGUCCCGCUUUCUGUCAGAAAUGUGGGGUUGAAGGCCAUCAUGCUAGAAACUGUUUUAAUGCUUUAUGGUGCGAUAUCUGUCGUAAAGAUACCCAUGUUACAUCUCGGUGCGUGUUACCGAAACAAAGCAAGCCCAACAUGCCCAUUGUAGGUAUGGCAGCUGAUGGUCUAGGGUUUUAUCUCUCUCAUUUCGCUAAACCAAUGUCCAAAAAACCAAAAAGGGUUUUCAUCGUCUUGGUAAAGGUGAUUGAGGGAUUAGUGUAUGUUGAAGAUCUGGAAAAUGACUUUGGUUUCCAUUUCCCUUGGGGAAAAAUGUGGAAGGCUACAAAAUGUCAUUCUGGUUUUUUAAUGCAAUUCCCUUCACAAGAAUGUCUUGAUGAGAUGAUGAGCUUUCCUGAACUUAAAAUGAAGAUGUCUGGUGCCAAGAUUGUUGUAGUUCCAUGGAGUUCUCGAGCCAAACCUAAAUCUAGAUUGCAUACUGCUUGGGUUGUUGCUGAGAAUGUUCCUGAGGAAUUAAAAAAUUAUCAAUCGAUCUAUGAAAUUGGCUCCAUGAUUGGUGCAGUUGAAGAAGUUGAUCUCAUGUCUUUAGACUCUGAGGAUAUUGUGAGAUUUAAAGUUCAUAUUAAAAGUGUGGCUAUGAUUCCGCCAGUUGUGGAAGUGGCUGUGAAACCAUUUCUGUAUGACAUCUAUUUUAGAAUUGAAUCCAUCAGUGAUGAAGGUUGGAAUGAUGAGACAGUUAACCUGGGCAAGAGAGCUUCUGUGGAUAUUCAUGGGAUAAAUGAUCCAGUGUUCGAUAAAUCUGGAAAAAAACCUAGAAAUGAGGGUGAAGCUUUAGAUGAAGACCCUAUAUCUAAUUUUAGGUUGGGAGAGUCUUCCUCUCAAGGCAAAGAAUCCCUUAAAGCUUCUGAAGUGUUCAUGGAUAUUUCUAAAGAUAAAUCUGGUGUGGGUUUGAGAAUGGUAGAUCUUAGUGAUGAGAAAGUUGAUUUUGACCCUAAUGAAGAUGAUCUGCUGAGUUCUCAAGAAUUGGAAGAAUUUGCAAAGGAGGUGGAAGAAGAACAAACUGAUUUUCAAGCUAGAGUGGGUGAGAUGAUUUUAAUUCCCUCAACUGAAGAAGAAAAACAAGAUCUGAUGGGCAAAAAAUCAAGCGAGGUCCCUGUGUCUACAUCUGAUGGCGUAAGAAAGAGCUCAAGACUUGAGAAGAAUGAUGACAUUAAAGUGGCGGACAAGGCUAUAUCUAGAGCUGAAGCUAAAGAUGCCUUCCUUAACAAAGAAAAAGAAGGAAAGAAAAUUGGUGGAGCAAGGAAGCCUCAAAAUCCGAAAGAUAACAAGUGAUAUCUACAGCAAGGCUAGGGGUUGGAAGCCAAUCGACAGACGCAUUCAGUGAAGCUUUUGUUGGGUGCCUGUCAUUUUGAUUCACCUGUUCUGUUUGCUGUAAUAUCUCCUGGUAGCGUCAGGCUGGAAAACCUUGUCUUAGCUCGCUACUUUAGCUGUUAGUUUCCUGCUGCUUUAGUUCAGACUCGUUGAUCUUUUCUUUUGGUCAGCUUUAUGAUGAUAUUCUGGUGCUUCUAGUCGUA